CACCGGUCCUCGAGUGAGGUGAGGAGACAAAAUGUUCGCCGCCCUCGUAGCUGUCGCGGUCCUGGCACCGACGGCCCUGGCAGGUCGUGACGCCGCGCCCGUGGUGAGAGUGGCGGAAGGGCGUGUGUCGGGCGUGACGGAGACCUCCACGAAGGGCAGGGUCUUCCACUCCUACUACGGCGUCCCCUUCGCCAAGCCUCCUGUGGGAGAGCUAAGACUUAAGGACCCGGUGAAGGCAGAGAGGUGGAGGGGCGUGAGGGACGGAUCCAGGACGCCCUCGCCUUGCCUCCUCGUGCCCUUGGCUUACGCUGCCAUGGGGGUGACUUUGGCUCCGGAAGACCUGCAUGGGAACGAGGACUGCUUGUACCUCAACAUCUUCACGCCGAAGAUGAAAAGCUCAAAGAAUCUUCCUGUGAUGGUGUGGAUCCACGGGGGCGCUUACCUGGCGGGUGGCGCUCACGAGUACCGGCCUCAUGUCCUCAUGAACCACGACAUUGUGCUCGUGGUUUUACAAUAUAGAAUCGGUAUCAUGGGAUUCCUAUCCACAGAGGAUAAGGUGAUUCCAGGGAACUUUGGGCUGAAGGACCAAACCCUCGCCCUCCGCUGGGUGCAGGACAACAUCCACAGCUUCGGAGGAGACGCCGACAGGGUCACCAUCUUCGGGGAGAGUGCUGGGGGCGCCUCUGUCCAUUAUCAUAUAUUGUCACCCAAAUCUAAAGGCCUCUUCUCUCGCGCUAUCAUGCAGUCAGGAUCAGCCUUAGCGCCAUGGGCACGCCACGAGCAACACAGACAAGUGGCAGAGGAAGUUAGCAAAGCCGUCGGCUGCUCCAAAGCCUUCGGUCACAAGGAUAUUCUGGACUGUCUCCAGAAGGUAGAUGGUCGCAGGCUGGCUGCAAAGUUCCAGGAUUUCAUGGAAUGGUUCAUCUUGCCAGCAGUCGCUUUGCCUCUUGUUGAUGGGGACUUUAUACCAGAUCACCCUGCGCGUCUGAUGUGUAACGGAGACUUCAACCAAGUGGACCUCAUGGCUGGAAUUACAAGAGACGAAGGAGCUCUAGUAACAAAUCCAAUGCUAGCUCGAAAGGACCUCUUCCCUGCUUUACAAACCAACUUUUCCGUCUUCGGCCCAAUUAGCCUCAUGCUCGGGCCUGAAGUCAGAGAUGCUGUUGCCUUUAGCACCAAGGUCUACCAACACUACCUUGGCAACUCAGCUAUCGAUCAUGACCACAUAAAUCAGCUCACCAAGAUGAACACAGACUACAGUUUUGCCAUACCACACGACCUGACAACCCUCUACCACGCUCAGGUUCCAGGCCUUGCUACUUACCGCUACGAGCUCAAGCACCGAUCCCAGCUGUCCAUGGGAGAUUUCUUCAACACAGACAUAGGGCAUGAUUGGAUUUCUCACGGGGACGACCUGUACUACCUGUUCGCCGGCGGGCCGCUCCUCAGCCCCAGCCGCCUGCCCGACCGCCUGCCCGACCUGCAGAGCCAAGAGGACCUCCGUCUAAGGGACAUCAUCUCAACCAUGUGGACGAACUUCGCUGCCACGGGCAACCCGACCCCCGACGACGCCCUGGGCUUCAAGUGGGAGGCGGCGACCGAGGACGACCUCCGCUACCUCGCCCUCACGCCCACGCCCGCCAUGGAGGCCGACCAGCGACAGGAGGUGCGUGGUUUUUAUGCUUCUCUGCCAACGAGGACGAAUAAAAUUUUCUGUGCUGAUCGUGGUUUCUCCGGGGAAGAACUUUCGCGUCGCUCAUGCCAGGAAGAACCGUGAAUCCAUUAUUAGUAGCCACGUGCAAUGCAUCAUGUCAUUAUAAUCAUUGUAACGCUACAGUUUCUCAUUUUGAAGUGUAAGAUAUUUUGGUAUCAUAUCUUGCAAGUGAUUUGUAAAUCGGUGUGUUGGUAACUGAUCUCUCUCUCUCUCUCUCUCUCUCUCUCUCUCUCUCUCUCUCUCUCUUCUCUCUCUUCUCUCUCUCUCUCUCU